AUGACAAAUACUCUAAAUAUUGAUUCAGUUUGUGUAUAUUGUGGUUCUUCGUUUGGUAAUGGUGAGAAGUUUACAGAACAAGCCACUCGUCUUGGUGAACUGCUCCAUAAGAAUGGUUGGCGAUUAGUUUAUGGUGGUGGUACUACAGGUUUGAUGGGGACUAUUGCAAAAGCUACGAUGGGUCCAAACUGUGAUGGUAAUGUAUUGGGUAUUAUUCCUGAUGCGUUGGUCAGUAAAGAAAUGACUGAAGAUUCAAAGAAUAAAAUUGAUAAUUUAAAUGAAGAUUUGAAAAAAUCAGUAGAAAAUCAUCAUGGUUCCUCUCCUAUUUCUUCAGAAUAUGGUAGAACUGUUAUUGUAUCUGAUAUGCACACUAGAAAGAGGUUGAUGGCUGAUGAAAGUAAUGCGUUUGUUGCCAUGCCUGGUGGGUUUGGAACUCUAGAAGAAAUCAUGGAAUGCAUAACUUGGUCUCAACUAGGAAUUCACAGCAAACCUAUUGUUUUAUUUAAUAUGGAUGGGUUUUAUGAUUCUUUGUUGCAAUUUAUCGAGAAUUCUAUACAAUGUGGAUUCAUCAGUGCUACAAAUGGCAACAUCAUUCAAGUGGCAACUACUGCUGAAGAAGUCAUCGAAAAAUUACAAUCGUAUAUUGUUCCAGAAGGUCGCUUUGCUCUAGAUUGGAGCAUUAACUGUCAAGGUGAACAUGAACUAAAUGGUAAUUAA